AUGGAUAUUCAAGAUUUCGAUAAUAAUCAGAAUAUAAAUAUUAUUACAAAUUCAACUAGUAAUAAUAAGAAUAAUAAUAUUAUUCAACGUUCAAAAAGUUCAAGUUCAAAUUAUAUUAAUAAUAAUUCAAGUGCUUAUUUAUAUUAUCAAAAUAUUAACGAUUUAAAAUAUAUGAAUGCUUUAAAUGAAACAACAAACAACAAUAAUUAUAACAAUAGUUUCUAUUAUAAUAAUAAUGAUACUAUAAUGACUCAAUUACCGAAGUUUGAUUCGUAUACUGACGCUUAUAAUAGAUUGGCUGUAGUAGAUCCUUCUUCAAUUGGUCCCAACAACAACAACAAUAUGGAUAUGAUGUAUGGUUUAUCAUCAAUAGAUUUACAACAGCAACAGCAACAGCAACAGCAACAAGAUCCUAUGUUUACGAUUGGUAAUACUAAUAAUACCUCAAAUAGCUUUACGCCGACUCCUUUACCUGGUUCUAAUAAUUCUAAAGGGAUAUUGGCAAUGUCUUUACAAACUAUGGGAAUGCAAAUGCCUAUACAAACACCAAUGAUAGGUGGUGGUAGUGAUAGUGGUAAUAUUAAUAAUAAUAUUAAUAAUAAUGGUAACACACCUUUAUUAAUUCAUCAACCUACAAACUUUUCCUCCAAUAAUAAUAAUAAUAUUCCUAAUUUUAAUAAUAGAAAUUACAUUACCGUUAAUAGUAAUGGUAAUAAUUUAAAUGAUUCCAUUAAUUUUAAUAAUCACAUGAUUCGCUCUACCCCUAAAAACGGAUCUCAACAAUUUUCACCAUUAGAUCCAUCAACAACAACAUCAUCAUCAUCUGUCUUAUCAAACAAGAAUAACGAGACCUCCACAUCUACUACCACUACUACAACAAUUGGUGCUGAUAUUGAAUCAUUAACGAAUUAUGAUGAAAAUCAACGAUUCAAAUAUGGUUGUACCAUUUGUGGUAAAAGAUUUAAGAGACCAUCAUCUUUAAAGACUCAUAUUAAUAUUCAUACAGGAUUUAAACCUUUUAUAUGCCCUUAUAUGGAAUGUGAUAAAUCAUUUAAUGCGAAAUCUAAUAUGUUAAGACAUUAUAAAUUACAUUUUAAACUAAGAUCAGGUGCUUAUAUUUUACCAGAUGGUCAUAUUUCUUUAAAUAAACCAACUUCAAAACAAUUAUUUAAAAAUAAUUUAAGUCAUUCUACUACUACUAGUAAUAAAAAUAAAAAGACAAUAGUUGACCACACUCAAAGGUGA